AUGUCACUUGUAACGACCUCAAAAUUGCUUUUCCGCGGCACUACUUUGCGAUACAAUGUCCUUUCUGUCCCAGUCUACACUAUCCGCACUUUGAAAUCGUCAGCAUCGGCAGAGUUCGCAGCAGAGGCAGCGCCUUCGUUUACGAGUGAGCCGAUAACUAAGAAAGAACCUUUACUCAAAGACUUUAAUAUUUAUCGCUGGAACCCCGAUAACCCAACAGAGCAACCUCAUUUGCAAAAGUAUGCGGUAGACCUCAAUGCAUGCGGUCCUAUGGUUCUUGACGCCCUCAUUAAAAUUAAGAAUGAAGACGAUGCUACGCUGACGUUCCGGCGUUCUUGUCGUGAAGGUAUCUGUGGAUCAUGUGCCAUGAAUGUUGAUGGAGUGAAUACGCUAGCAUGUUUGUCUAAAAUCGAAAGGAACAAUAAACCUUCCAAGAUCUAUCCACUACCGCACAUGUACGUUGUCAAAGAUCUGGUGCCUGAUCUGACACAUUUCUAUAAACAAUAUAAAUCGAUUGAACCAUACCUGAAGAAGAAGACUCCUCCUAAAGAAGGUGACCGCGAGAACCUACAAUCGAUUGCUGAUAGAAAGAAACUCGAUGGACUAUACGAGUGUAUUUUGUGUGCGUGCUGUUCAACAUCCUGUCCCAGUUACUGGUGGAAUGCGGAUGAGUAUCUUGGUCCAGCCGUGUUGAUGCAGGCGUACAGAUGGAUGGCUGAUACGAGGGACGACUUUACCAAGGAGAGAAGAGAGGCAUUACAGAAUCCAUUUUCAGUAUACCGAUGCCACACUAUCAUGAACUGUACGAGAACAUGUCCAAAGGGAUUGAAUCCUGGUCGAGCAAUUGCUAUGAUUAAAAAAGAUAUGGC